AUCCAGCGAUUUAAUGAUUUUCAAUCCGAGUGGAAGGACAUAACCAGGCUUAGGUUCUAGAUUAAAACAAAAAAGAAAAUUCAGAUAUUUCAAACAGACGCUCUAAAUAUGCACUGGAAAGUUUUUCUUCUUACUUUAAUGGCUCAGAGUUAUCUGAUGGUCUGUCAGCUCUAUGAGUAUCACUACAUUAAAGAGCUAAAGACCUGGACUGAAGCUCAGCAGUACUGCAGAGAGAAACACACUGACCUGGCCACAGUGUCUGACAUGACAGACAUGAAGAGACUCCUCUGUAACUCAGCAGGAAACAUGAAGGAAGCUUGGAUUGGUCUGUAUGAUCAAAGAGAUGCCGAGAGGACAUGGCACUGGUCUCUCCCUGGAGUGGAAUUCAUUGAAAGUGAGAAAAAUUGGGCAGAUGAUGAACCGAAUAAUAAGGGAACCGAUGGUCAAAAUUGUGGGAUUACAUGGAAAAGUGAUGGACUUUUCCUCAAAUGGGGAGACAUAUCAUGCAAUGAACUUUAUCCUUUUUUCUGUUAUAAUGAUAAUGACACAUCAAACAAACUGCAUUUUGUUAGAGAAGAAAAGACCUGGCUGAAAGCUCAGAGUUACUGCAGAGAGAAAUAUACAGAUCUGGUCAGUGGACCUAAGCAGCUGCAGAAGGAACACAUUGAACUUAACUUAAGUUUUGAAGAUAUACAAAAGGACUACAUAUUUAUCGGUCUGUUCAGUGACACCUGGAGGUGGUCAGAUGGAAACAGUUCCUCCUUCAGGCACUGGAAUCUAGAGUUUAACAAUCAGAUAAUCAACAGCGGUCAAUGUGCCAUGGUUGUGUUUGAUGAUGGAGGUAGAUGGAGGAAUGAGAACUGUACUGUCAGAAAACCUUUCAUCUGUUAUGAUGAGAGUAAUGUGAUCCUGAUCAAACAAAAUAAGACAUGGGCAGAAGCCUUAUCGUACUGCAGAGAGCACCACCAUGACCUUGUCACCAUCACCGACCCCACUGAGCAGAGAUCAGUCCAGCAGAGUGUCAAAUUUGCAUCAACUCCUUUUGUGUGGAUGGGACUGGGCUACGCCUGCACCCUCGAUUUGUGGUUCUGGGUAAGUGAUGAGGUGGUCAGCUAUGAGAACUGGGGACAAAGAGGACAGAUGGAUGAAUGUGACAUGUCUGGAGCCAUGGAUGCAGGAGGAAACCAUCAAUGGUUUAAGAAAAUGUAUACUGAGAGGUUUAAUUUUGUCUGUUUAGAGAAAAGACGUGGGUAAUGAGAUGCUGUGUAUCAAGACCAAAAGCUGUCUGUAAAAAGAGGUAUAUUAAGUUGUUUUGGCUUUGUUUCACCAUAGACAGACAGACAGACACAAACACACACAGAUACACAAAGAGACAGAUAGGCAGACAGACAGACACACACAGACAGACAUACAUACAGAGAUAGUUCACUUUAAAGUGAGAUUUCUUGUUUUCUUAAUUCUUCUAAAGGUCCCCUCUAUCUGCUCAGUCUGCUGUAUCAUAGGGAGGUCCU